AUGCCUGAGAUUGCUGCAGGCCAAGAGCUGCUGGUGAACGGUGCUCACUCUGUGGGGCUGCUCGCCACAGAGCAAGAGGCCAUGGCACAGCGUCUGCAGGCGCUGCUCAAGGCGCGCAGGCGUGGCAAUGAGGAGGUCAUCCGCCAAGGCUCGCCAUGUGAGGCCAUCCCGGAGCUCGGUGGACAGAAAAAAGCAUCACUGGCCGGAACGGGCAGCAGCAACGCUGCUGCAGCCUCCGCCCCCGCCAUGCUUCUACCCCAUCUACCAACCACUACGUCCCCACACGAGCUCCUAUCCAAGAUCCAGACGGUGCUGGGGGCGGCCCACUACAAUUGUUCUACGUCUUGGGACGAAGCACGGGUCCAGCGCCUACUCGCUCUCGUAAACCUUUCGUACCCGGGCCUCGAGGCCGUGGAACAAGCGGCCAAGGCAGAGCAGUGGAUACUGGCAGCGGACCACCUGCUGGCCUACUAUCAAAACAGCCCGGAUGGUGCCUGGUGGCGGACAGACGUUCUCCCGUCGCCUUCACAGAACCGAUCCGGUGGAGCUGCAGAUGCAGCUUUGAAUGACACCUACACGUUCUACACCGUGGCGGCCCACGUGCCUCGCUUGGCCGAUGGCGGCAACACCAUCUACAGCACACUCUUUGCGAACCUCGUGUGUGAUUGGGCCGACCAUGUCCCCGAGGCGCACGCAGACGUUAACUCGGGGCAAUGGCGCACCAUCGAGGCCGGCAUCCGCAUGUUCACAGCUUGGCCCAACAACUUUUAUGCUCUGUUGCGAUCGCCACAAUUUGGCAACGUGUCGCAAUUGUCGGCGCUUUGGGUCAUGGCUGAGCACGGCGACUUCCUCAGCAAGUACAGCAACCAAGGAAAUGCCAAUUGGCGUAGCAUGCAAUACAACGGACUAGCGACACUCAGCGUCGCCGUUCCUGAGCUUGCCAACAGCUCGAGCUGGUACGCCGGCACCAGUGCCGGCAUUCUGGCCGAUAUGCAACAGAACGUCUACCCUGACGGCGUGGAAAACGAGCAGACGAGCAGCUAUCACAAGGUUGCCACGGAUAAUUUUCAAAACUUUUACAACAUUAGUCAACUCGGCCACCGACCUGUGGCGCCAGAAAUUUAUGCGACGCUAGAGCGCAUGCAUACCUACCUGGCCUACAACAUGGACCAGCAAGGCAAUGCUCCCAUCAACAGCGAUUGUGAUCUUCAAAACAACCGCAACUACAUCAUCGAGGCCAGUGCCAUCUUUAAUCGCAGCGAUUGGCUCUACGUAGCCACCAACGGUGCUGCAGGCACCCAACCUCCAAACGCUUCAAGGCACGGGCCAUCCUCGAUGUUCCCCUGGUCGGGGCAACUCAUUAUGCGUAGCAACUACAGCUCUGAUGGUACCUGGGCGUGGCUCGACCUUGGCCCUUUCUCCUCCUCUGGACAUGGACACCACGACAAAUUGCACCUGUCUGUGCGGGCCAACGACGAGAUGUUCCUCGUGGACGCUGGUCGUUUCGCUUAUUCUGGAGACUUGGCCGCCAAGUUUCGGGGCUAUGCCACGCACGCACGGGGCCACAAUAUCGUUCAAUUGGACGACGCCAAUCAGGUGCAAACGCCAGCCGUUGCCACGACCCCGCUGAGCGCUGGCGUCGACUAUGAACUGGCGCUGGACCAUGACUUUGGGGCUGCAAGCACGACGUUUGCUGACAUUCAAGGCAAUGCCAGCCAUGCUCGCAGCGUGUGGCAUCAACGCAACGUGGCCUGGGUCGUGGUGGACCAGAUUGUGACCGACCGUGUGCGCAACAUGACGACGCUGUGGCACACUCACCCCAGCAUGGAGGUGUUUCUCAAUCAGACCAAUCAAGUUGUCGACAUUCGGGGUCGUAAAGGCCGGGUGCACGUGAUACCAUUUGCUGUGAACCUGACGCGCCAGGACGAGGCAUGGCUGGUGGCAGGUCAAAUGGAUCCGUACCCACAGGGCUGGUUCUCGCCCGUGUAUGACCAGUACUCGCCCUCGACCACCGCCAUGUACUCUAGCCAAAUACCGGCAGGCGUCACAACCACUGGCUGGAUCAUCAUUUACCGACCACUGCACGAUUGGGCGCGUAGCUUUCCCACAGCAACAGUGCAGCGCGUCUCAACGACCAGCAUCGACAUGCAACUGGAGUGGAAUGACCAGACCUUUCCCAUAUCCAUGCCCAUUCGUCAUUGA